AUCAUAAUUAUGUUAUUACAGCAUUCUUACAUAUAGUUCCCAAAGCAACUUUCAAAUAUUAUUCUUACAAAGUAGGUUAUUAAAUGGCAUAUGUUUGAAUGAUUUGAUACACAAUAACUUAUAAAUUUGAGUUUUUUUUUGUUUGUUUGUUUGUUUGUUUUUUUUUCUUCCAGGAUUAAUUUUCAAACGUCAUUAUCAGACCCCUCAGGCAAUAUGUAUAUUUAAGUUUUGAAGGGGCCUUAUACACAUUGCUACAUAUCUGAUCUAUUCAGCUACAGGUCUUUUAUGUUGGGUGUAUAUUUCCAUUUUUUCUUAUUGUAUAGAUUUGAAGGGAAUGCUUCAAUUGUUGAAGAUAUUACUCAAACAAAAUGGUACGAGACAGACUGAAAGAGUUACAGGAAAAACAUGAACAAUUUUGCAAGAAUGACAACCACCAGACAGAAGGAGGUAAAAUUGUCGCACGUUAUUCAAACUCUGAAAUACAACUUGACUUAUGUCUCCAUAAAGUGACACAAAUAAGUAAAAAGAUAAUCGCAAUAACAAAUGACGUAGAACAUUUAGAGCACCUGCAAAAAGACAUCAUAGCAAAUCCAUUAUUAGAUCACAACGAAGUUGUGCGGCUCGAAAGAUCGUCUGAUGUAAUAUUCAAUACAUCGGCUGCGAUACAGAAAGAAAUAAGUGAAUAUCGAGCAGAGGUGGUUCAGAUGCAGAUGCAAAAGUCUCACGAAAUUGUGAUUAAGAAUCAUCUAAACAAAUUAGAAAGUGAUUUAACAAAAGCGAGAAAUGAUUUCAGAGCGGCACAAGUAGAUUAUAUAGAAAAGACCCAAAAAUUACAUCAGAGGGAGUACGACAUAAUGACAGGACAUGAUGAUGAUCACCAUGACGACCAUGACAAAACCCACUCCCCAUUACCUGCAGAGUUCCUAGGUGAUUAUUUUGUCCAGGCCGAGGAUGCAAAAGCAGAACUACGUGAAAUCAAGGCUAGAGAUAAGCAGAUAAAGAAAGUUGAAGAAAGCGUGAUUCAAGUGAAUCAACUAUUUAAAGAAGUUAAUAGUUUAUUAAAAGAGCAAGGGGAAAAAAUUGAUACCAUAGAGAAACAUGUGGAGAACAGUGUGGACUAUGUGCAGGAAGCAAAUGUUGGAUUAAAGCAAGCAAAGAAAUACCAGAAAAUUACGAGGAAACAUAAAAUAUAUUGUGUGGGUGUUUUAGUGGCUAUAUUAGCCGUUACUGUACUUCUUGUUGUCAUAGUGAUUACUUCUCAAACAGAUUAAAUUAACCGAUAGAUAGCAAAUAUGUGUUUGAACAUAAAUUAUUAAACAAAAAGAAGUGUAAACAAGCAAUUAUCAUAGUAUUGCAAGCAAUCCAUAAGUCCCCUACCGGUUAUAACCCCAUCAACAUUCUGAAGGGCCAUUUAUUGGAAAAGUUCUUUAAAAGUGAUCACAGGAAACAGUUUUUAUGAACAGACAGACAGACGGACUGAAGGACACUCUAAGUUAAUAUUUGAAACAUCCCUGUUACCAAAAUAUAACAUUAUUAAAAGCAAAAUUCUUAAAGAGGAGAUAACUCUUGAAUUAAAGAUGCAAUUUCAUAAAAAAUUUCAGCUCUUUUUGACUUAUCACAAAUAUUGUUAUAUUUGCCAUGAUUUAAGCCUAUUUGUUGCCAAGGCAACCAAUAUUUUUUCAAUAUAGGAAGAACAGAUAAGACAUGCAUAAUCUCAAGACUGCCAUCUACCCAUAAGUCAAGUUUCAUAAAAAUAUUUCCAGUACUUUUUGAGUUAUCACUGGAUUCAGUUUAUGUGUAAAAUUUGCCAUAUUUUCAGUCUAUGUGUUGCCAUAGCAACCAGAAUUUUCAACAUAGGAAGAAAAGAAAAAGACGUGCAUAAUCUCCAGACUGCCAUCUACCCAUGUAAAAAAGUUUCAUAAAAAUAUUUCUAUUACUUUUUGCGUUAACUCUGGAUCCAGUUUAUGUGUAAAAUUUGCCAUAUUUUCAGUCUAUUUGUUGCCAUAACAACCAGAAUUUUCAACAUAGGAAGAAAAGAAAAAGACGUGCAUAAUCUCCAUACUGCCAUCUAUCUAUAUAUCAAGUUUCAUAAAAAUAUUUUCAGUACUUUUCAAGUUAUCGCGGGAUCCAGUUUUGUGGACGGACGGACUGACGGACAGACAGACAGACAGACGGACAUCCGGCCGAAAUGGAAUAAGGGGCCAUUU